CCCAAGUCAGAGGCGAUGCUCCGCAAGCACCUCGAGGUCCGCAAGCACAUGGACGCCGACAACAUCAUUGCCUGGGAGGCCCCUGAGGUGAUCAGAAAGUACAUGUCGGGGGGAAUGUGCGGCUACGACCGGGAGGGCAGCCCCAUCUGGUACGACAUCAUCGGGCCGCUGGACGCCAAGGGGCUGCUCUUCUCCGCCUCCAAGCAGGACCUGCUCAAGAACAAGUUCCGUGACUGUGAGGUGCUGCGGCGAGAGUGCGAGCAGCAGAGCAAGAAGCUGGGAAAGAAGAUCGAGAUGGUGAUGAUGGUCUAUGACUGCGAGGGCCUGGGCUUGAAGCACCUCUGGAAGCCAGCUGUGGACACGUACGGGGAGCUCCUGUCCAUGUUUGAGGAGAAUUACCCCGAGUCCCUCAAGCGCCUGUUUAUCGUGAAGGCCCCCAAGAUCUUCCCUGUUGCCUACAACCUCGUCAAGCACUUCCUGAGCGAGGACACCCGCAAGAAAGUCGUGGUCCUGGGAUCCAACUGGAAGGAGGUCCUGCAGAAGUACAUCGACCCUGACCAGAUCCCAGUGGAGUAUGGCGGCACCCUGACAGACCCUGAUGGGGACCCCAAGUGCUCAAGCAAGAUCAACUACGGGGGGGACGUACCCCAGCACUACUACGUGCGGGACCAGCUGGCGCAGCAGUAUGAGCACACGGUGGUGGUCAACCGCGGCUCGUCCCACCAGGUCGAGUACGAGAUCCUCUUCCCCGGCUGCGUCCUCAGGUGGCAGUUCAGGUCGGAGGGAGCCGACGUGGGUUUCGGGGUGUACCUGAAGACCAAGAUCGGGGAGCGGCAGCGGGCGGGCGAGAUGACGGAGGUCUACCCCAACCAACGCUACAACUCCCACAUGGUGCCCGAGGACGGCUCCCUCACCUGCUCCACACCCGGCAUAUACGUCCUGCGCUUCGACAACACCUACAGCUACCUCCACGCCAAGAAGGUGAGCUACAGCGUGGAGGUCCUGCUGCCCGACGCCGCCUCCGCCCAGCAGAUCCAGAACCUGGGGGACAAGCUCAGCGAGGUGGCCCUCAACCACAGCCCCUAG